ACAUUCAUGCAACACUAUCGCGGCACACAUUCUUAUCGAAUCAAUUUUAUUCUUUAUUCAUCCCGCGCGCGGUUCGUAGUUUAUUCAACGGCGAUAUAAUUGAAUUGCCUUUGGACACCAUCCAGGACCAUUUCGAAAAGAUCGCAGAUGCCACACAUGUGUACCGAGCGUAAAAUGCGUGUGCGAGACGUCACCAGAGAGGGGAUACCCACUCGAAAAACUUAGGUAAUAGUAAUAAAAAGAAUUUUGUUGUUAUAAAAUCGAUCAGAGCGUAAUAGACGGUCAGAGCGACGUGUAUCAGAUAUCCUGCGAGUGCGAAACGUGCGCCUGACGUGUACUUUCGCCCCCCAGAAGCGAAGCGGUGAAAGCGUCCGAGGGACAUGAACGGGGCCGAGAUGCACCGGAACGGCGCCGCGUCGGAAUUUCAAGUUUGCCGCGCGUUUCCCGGACGGAAUCCGAACAUCUCUGGCUCUGCGUCUCCGUCUGUCACAGUCAGUCUUCGUUCGCCGAAGUUCGGUCGCGCGUCAGUUGCGGAUCCUCGAGGACCUCGUGUAGGGUGACUCAUAAACUUUUUAUUUUAUUAUUAAUUUCUUUUGCCGCGAUCGGUCGUUUGGUUUGCGAUGGAUAGCGAUUAUUUGACGAAUCCGUUGUUCGUGUUGUCGGUGCUCGUCGGUGCCAGUGUUUGGAUUUUGUUGUAUUUCGUUAAUUCGUUCAGAAAUGCGGGCGAGCACGUGCAGGCGCAAGACAAGUCUAAAAUAGACAAGUCCGGCGCUCAGCUUCAUCUCGACAAGAAAAAUAAGGAGCAAUCGUUGGGCGGUAAGCGCAAGAAAAAGGCCGCGGAGAGCAAGGUGACUUGUUGGGCCGGGAAGCAUGAUAAACACAAUUACAGUCAUCCAUGGCUUUUGGUAUCCUUAAAAGGACAUACAGGGAAUAUCCUGGAUAUGGAUUUUAGUAGCAAUGGGAAAUAUUUGACUUCGUGUGAUGACGAAGAUCCUGACCCAGGUGGAGAUACAGCGCAACGCAACACUUGCGAUUUAGACAAAGAGAACAUCCCUAUAGAGGUCAGUCCUAGCCCCAAGGGUUUGACUAGGAGACAACGCAAGAACCGCAGGAGAGAGGACUCGUCGGAGCCCAAGCCGAAGAAAUCCCCCGAAUUGACUAAGAAGCAAAUCAUGUCUUCGGUACCUUCCAAACAAUACAGGAAACUGAAUGUUUCCGAAAAGGCAUUCGUAGGGUUCUUGCGGAAUUACCUGCUGACAUUGGACCAAAUGAUGGCGAUGGGCUAUCCUAUACAAUCCUCCUUGGAGCCUACUUUGGUGGUGGUCUACAAGAGCCCGAGGGUGCCUAUUAUCCCGGUGCACAAGACCGUUUUCGAUGUAAACGCCAGAGAAUUUGUUCCUAAGAACGAUUGGAGCUCCAACGACAGUGGACAUGGAUCAGGGAAUUCUAGCGAAGGCGAGGAUUCCACGGAUCAAGACUGCUCGGAACGUCCCGUUACCUCCCUACCGAAGGGCGUCCAAGGUUCCUAUUUCGCCAGGACCUGCUCAAGAUGCACCUCCACGUUCUACACCACGUCCGAUAAGUACAUCACCAAAGACAAGUGCUACUACCAUUGGGGCCGUUUGAAAAAGAACGAAAUGGUAUACGAUUGUUGUUUGGGCAAAGUGAACACCAAAGGUUGCACCGAGGCCAAAUUGCACGUUUGGUGCGGUCUCCACGUGGGCAUGAACGGACUCUACGACGAUUUCACGCUCACCAAGCAGAGGAAGAACCCCCCGCCGGACGGGAAUUACGGAGUGUACUCGUUAGAUUGCGAAAUGUGCUAUACGGUGCGCGGACUAGUACUGACCAAGGUCACUGUGGUGGGCAUGGACGGUCGAUUGGUGUACGACAGUUUCGUGAAACCCGACGACGAAAUCGUGGACUAUAACACCAAAUUUUCGGGCAUCACCGCCAGAGACUUCAAACGCAACCCCACCAAGUCCUUGAAGGAGGUGCAAAACGACCUCAUGGGCUUCAUCAACGCCGAUACCAUCCUCAUCGGGCACGGGCUGGAGAACGACCUGCGCGCGUUGAAAAUCGUCCACUACAUCAACGUGGAUACCGCCCAUUCGUUUCCGCAUUUCCACGGGUUGCCCUACAGGAGGUCCUUGAGGAGCUUGACUUCGGCGUACUUGAAUAGGAACAUCCAGUGCAGCCGGUACGGACACAACAGUUACGAGGACGCCGUGGGAGCUGUCUUCAUUUGGGAUACCAAAGACCUGACGCAGAAGGACAGGAAAUCCGUGCGGGUGAACAUCAAAUUCGACCACGCCACCCACGUGAAGUUCAGCCCGGACUCCAAGGCGUUCAUCAUCAACAAAUACAGCGACAACACCGUGGAGGUUUACAAAGUGGAGAAGAAGAAAGACGGCUGGCUGACCGCCUCCCAGGCGUUUACAUUCCCCAAACAACACGAGACUGAUAUCAUAAGCAUAGAUAUACAGAGGAACGGGAAAUUCAUAAUAACCUGCUCCAACCGUACUGAUUUAGUGAUAUGGGACCUGAAAGGGCAAAAACUGGCGCAAAUCGACACUUAUCUAAUGAACAACACGUGCGCCAAAAUUUCACCAUGCGGAAAAUUCAUCGCUGCCACAGGUUUCAGCCCCGAAGCUAAAAUAUGGGAGGUGCUUUUCGAUAAUUCCGGUGAGUUCAAGGAUGUGAAAUCCAUAAAGGAACUCACCCUUGGCGGGCAUUCUUCUGGUGUGUACGACGUUGCAUUUGAUGUAGAUUCAUCACACAUGGCUACAGUUUCUAAAGAUGGUACUUGGCGCCUUUACGACACCAAAGUGAGUUACAAAUUGGGACAGAACGCCCGUUUCCUGAAAAGCGGAAAUUACGAAAGAUCCGGCAACAACGCAUUGAUCGCCCUAUCCCCCGACGCAGAAGUUCUAGCAAUCGCCACCGGCGCCGAUGUGGCGCUGUACUCAACGAGAAACAACCGCCUGGAUUACGUUUUAGAGAAUAUAUAUUUCGAUAAAGUAACUUCGAUGAUGUUCGAUUCGACUGGGCGAUACCUGCUCACGUCCGGGGAUAAGCAGAUUCGGGUGUUCCACAACGUGACAGGCUACAGGAGCAACGUGGCGAAUGCUGAAGAGAAGCUUAAGGAAAAUAUCACGUCGGCCACCAGGGAGCGCCUUCGAACACUUAUCAAAGAGUACCGGGAUUUUCUCAAAGGCAUCGAAAAUUUAUAAGACUAAAAUUUUGUACUUUUUUAUGAAUAUAUCUAAAAGUCGAAGAAAAUUAUACGAUUUGCAUCAAAUUUGAUGAAAAAA